AUGAGUUUUCGUAACGUUACCUGGUUACCAGACGAGCUGUGCGGUUUGUUGGGACUGAAGCAGUUACUCAUCGUGUCGCAGUCUCUUCGCAAGCUGCCUAUUUCGUUCGAGCGUUUCACCUUUCUGGAGCACCUCUCUCUUCGCAACUGCCCUAUUGGCCAUCUCCCGAGCGAUUUAGGUCAGCUUCGUAACAUCAAGAUCCUAAGCCUAUCGUAUCUGCCACUCCUGGCCGCUCUUCCAGAAUCCAUUUGUCAUCUGCCGACCCUCUCCCACCUUUCUCUCGACCAUUGUCCCCGAUUCGCCAGCCUACCAGAGAAUCUUCUCCAGCUGCCCGACCUGGAUACGCUGCAUUUAGACGAUCUGGCUGCUCUCACCGCGCUUCCCGAUUCGUUCGGUCAGCAGCCCGCCGGCCAACCCUUGCGAUUUCCUGCCCUCCGUAAUCUCACGAUCCUCAAUUGCUCACGCCUAUCCUCGCUCCCUGACAAUAUCGGCCAGUUUUCCGCUCUUCAGCAGCUGCAUCUGAAGUUCCUUGAUAAUCUUACGGCUCUUCCGCAUUCCCUGGGGUUCCUUACGGCGAUGAAGGAGUUGAAAGUGGUUGAGUGCGUCAAUCUGGUGAACCUCCCCGAGUCUGUAUGCGCCAUGGGAGCGCUCACAAGCCUCAUUCUUGACGGCUGCUCUUUUUCAGGCCUGCCCGGAGACAUUGGGCAGCUGCAAAACCUGGUCUCUGUGAAGCUGUUUUCUACAGGCCUUUCUCACCUGCCUGACUCGUUCGGGCAGCUAGGGCAGCUGAAAGAGCUGACCAUCUACGAAUGCUACGACCUAUUCGAGCUCCCUGCCUCCUUCACCAACCUCUCUUCACUAGAAACGCUACUCAUCUACGCGCCUAUCUCCCUUCCGCAAUCUGUAGCGACUGUUAUCAUCUCAAAUGUCUUUAAGUCAGCCCACUACCUCCCGAAGUCCUUCCUUUCCCUCGACCGCCUUCUUCACUUGAACCUAUAUGACCUCCGUUCCCUCCAGCAGCUUGUAAGCCUGCCAGCCCUCAACCACACCCCAGCCAACGCUGAAGCCGAAGAGGAGGCUAUACCUCGCACCCCACUGCCUGAGCUUCCCAGGAUGCCUGGAUCAAUAGGGCAGGCUGGGUUGGGGCGCCUGUCAUCUCUGGUGCACCUUCACAUUGUCAACUCCAACCUCCCUUCGCUUCCGGAGAAUUUAGGCGAUCUGAGGGAGUUGGCAGUGCUGCUGCUCGAAAAGUGCCAUGCCAUGACGUCCCUCCCCUCUUCCAUUGCUACGCUUUCGAAACUGGAGCAGAUUGAUCUCAAGUCCCUUUCUCGGCUGACUCACCUGCCCGAGAAUCUCGGGCAGCUGAAGGCACUCCAUGAGUUGGGUUUGGAUACAUGCAAAAGCCUGCAGGACCUUCCGUCUUCCUUCACUCUGCUCUCCUCCCUUAUACAACUCAGCAUCAUCAACUGUCCUAAGAUCACCUGUCUUCCAGAUUCCCUCGCCUUCUUCACCCGCCUUUCCUCUCUGAAACUCAAUCGUCUGCCCAAGCUGCGUUUUCUCCCGUUUCCAUUCUCCCUCCCUUCACUUAUCCAAGUCUCGCUGCAAGAAUGCAAGGAGCUGAGGGCUCUGCCCAGUGACUUGGGCAGUUUGUCCUGUCUGAGGGAGGUGGAUCUGGACGGUUGCGUGCAGCUGAAGGAGUUACCACAAUCGCUGGUGGAUAGAGUGAGUGUGAUUGAAGUAAAGGGCUCUUGGGGAAAAAGCUGUGAAUGGGAGGAGGUUCCUGCUUGGUAG